AUAAUAACCAGAAAUAUACUUAUUUUAGACACUUAUUUAAUUUAGAUUUUUAACUCUGAUUGUUCUAAAACCUACAAGAUUUUUAAAUUACACAUUUUUAAAGUAUUUAAUUAUUUCAUAUUGUUGAAAAAUCCUAGAUAUCUGUUGUGUUGAUUCCAAUUAAUCAAGAUUUCGAAAUUGAUUCAUCGACUGAGAUAUAGCAGUUUUUCUUAGUUACUGUCAAAGACUACAGCCACAUUUCAGCUGGUAUUUAUCUGUGAAGUUUUUAGUGAGGAUUUAUUUUACUUUGUAUUUUCAACAAUGAAUCCAAUGCGAUCAACAACUUUCCGAGGAGAUGAGGAGUCAAGAUCAACGCAUAAUGAAGAUAAUACUUAUUCAAUUUUACGUUCAAGAACUGAAGAAGAGAAACAGAGACGUAGACGAGAAUGGCAACGCCAGCAAGAACGAGAGAGACAACAUGAAAAAUUGAAGCAACAAAAAAUUUUAGAAUAUGAAAAAAAACGUGCAUUAGCUUUAAAAUAUGCUGAAGAAAAAUCCUCGCGUCAUAGUCGAAGCAAAAGUGGUAGUGAAUCUCCUUUACAUCUUCGGUAUAGAGAUAGAUCUACAUCAACUGCCUCCAAAUCUGGUAGCCUGCAUGAAAAAUCAGAUGGGCAUACAAGUGGAACAGUACCUUUAUUCAGAGGUCCUCAGAAUGCACAAAUUAAUACUACGGAAUUACGUCGAAUUAAAGUUGAUAUUCAUAGAAAUAUUCCUGUAAAAGGUCCAGUUCCUGAAUUACAACGAGAUAUACUUAAUCCUGAAGAUGUGAUUGUUAAGAGAAGAGAGGGAGAAGGAUGUAAACCGAUAUUCGACAGAGAAGAAAUAAAAAAGGCUGCAAUCAAAACUAAUGAAAUAGAAGAACGACGUACAGUUGUAGCUGUAGAUAAAGAACAAUCAACAGCAUCGACAAGCAAAUUACAUACUUCGAGGAAAUGUUCUUUAUCACUGAGUCCUAUCAGAAAUCAUAGACAGAUUUAUAAUACCGGAUAUCUGUCUUCCUAUCAAUCUAGACAUAUGGAUUUAAAGAGUCAGAAUAAUAAAACAGAUAAUCAUGGUAUUCAUAGAAACGAUAGGAGAAGCAGUAUAGAGAAGCGUAAAGAUUAUAAAGAAAAAUAUACAGAACGAGAUGUAAGCAAACAUAUCACUAAUCGGUCGCGUUCUAGAGAACGGAAUCCACAUUCUAGACCAUUUUUGGAAGAGAGAUCUUACCGCGAAAGAUAUCGUGAGAGAUCAAAAGAACGUUCUCUUGAAAGAAGGACUAGAGAAAGAGACAGAAAUAGAGAUAGGGAUAGAGAUAAAGAUGGGGAUAGAGAUAGGGCUAGGGAUAGAGAAAGAGACAGAGAUAGGAGUAGAAAUAAAGAUAGAUCUAGGGAACAAAGGAACGUAACACCACAUUAUAUCGAAUCACCAAUACCUGUGCCUAUCUAUUAUGGCAGUUUUCCUCCGAGACCAAUUGUAGUAAGUCCUAUGGUUCCAUUAAGAGGACAGAUUCCUCCUAUAGGAAGAGGUAGACAUCCUGCCUUAAUGGCACCAGUCCGACCGUUCCCACCACGAUUUGUUCCUCCGGAUAUGUACAGAUUAGGACAUCCACCUCCAAAUCCAAGAUAUGGACCGUUUUGAAAUAUGAGAAUGUAAUAUUCGUAUUUCAGUUAACAACAUUUUGUAUGAACAAUACUUAUGAAUAAUAAGAUCUAUUUCACUUUGUUUAUGAAGGUAUCAAUGGGUAUAAUAUUCUUUUUUAUUAUCUUCAAAUCGAAAAGUUUCGGUAUAAUUGAAGAGAAUUAAUAUUGGAUUAGAUAUAUUGUAAUUCCAUAUAAUCUCAUAUAAAAUAUAUAUGAAA